AAAUGAGUGAUUAGGAUUCAUCACACAUGGCUAUUAUAAUAGUGUUUAGUAUAUUAAUAGGACUUUACUUACUCAUUUUGAUGAUCCUACAUUGUUUUGGAAAGUUCAAUAAUAUAAUAUUCCCAGCUCCAGCCCCUAUGUAUCAAGAAAAAGAUUUUUAAGAUUAGCUUCAUUAUGCAAGUAUUUACAAUUAAGAUGGUAAUUUGGGUAAAACUAAAAUAAACGUAGUUAAUGGAAAACCAAUUGAUUAUUCUUAAAAUUUAGAAAAAGUCAGAAGUAUUCCUUACGUUUAUAUAAAAAAUAAAUAUUCAGAAACGAAUUUAUAUUUGAUAUAUUUUCAUGGUAAUGCAGAAGACAUGUAAAUUUAAUAUUAAAUACCUCAAGGUAUUCAGCAGCUUUAUUUAUGGAAUAUCUUAUGAAAAUGAUUAAUGCAAAUAUUUUUGUUAUAGAAUAUCCUGGGUAUGGAAUAUAUAAGAAUAUAUAACCUACUUCAAACUUAGUAGAGUAAGAUUCAUUAGCAUUAUAUGAUGAAAUUAAAAUUGAAUUCAAUUUAAAUGAUGAUUAAAUCUAUAUUUUUGGAAGGUACUAUGAAUUAAUAUAUAGAUCAAUUGGUACAGGACCUUCAUUUUAUCUAGCCAGUCAAAGAAAUAUUAAAGGAUUAAUAACUAUGUCUGCUUAUAAAUCAAUUAGACAUAUUAUAAAUGAUUUUUGUUAUGGAUGUGGUUGCAUUUUAAAUUUAUUUUGUUGUUUACCUAAUUUCUUCAGAAAUUUAGAAAGAUCUUAAUAAAUAAAAUGCCCCAUAGUAAUGAUACAUGGAUUAGAUGAUCCUUUAAUUAAAUCCUAUCAUUCUUAAUAAAUUUUCUAAAAGUAUCUAUACAACUAUAUAGUUAGUCUUCCUUCGAAUAUUUAGUAAUAAUCAAAAAUAUAUUUGAAACCAAGAAUGACUCAUAAUGAAUAUGAUAUUGAAGAUGAUAUUGCAAAAUCAAUAUUAGAAGGUUUUAUUGAUUUAAAAUAAAAGAGAUAUUGA